UCUCACCCGGGUUUCAGUCCCAGUAGUGAAGUCGGGCAGGGAAGGAGUUUUCCGAAUUUUCGGGUGGGUCGAAUUUCAUAAACAUAUUUUUAUAACCAACAUAUCCGAAUCUGCUAUCGAGGAGGUAAAUAAAAUCAUGUAACCACACCGGGUGCUCAUCAUCCAUCAUAAAAUCGGACAGUUGUGCUGCUCCUGCUGCACCUCGUAUUAAGAGAAGACGGAAAAAAGUAAAUAUAUAUAUUUUUUCUCUCUCUACAAUUGCAUUGGAUUUUUCCUCCUCUAAAAUAAAACAUAGACAAUCUCACACACAUUUGUACAGGAAAAAGUAUAAGCUAAGCACCUACGAUAUAAAAAAAUCGUGAUUUAUUCCUGGGGAGGACAUGUGACACCCGGAUUUGGAUGCGUUAAAGAAAACAUGUUUUUUUUUAUAUUCAUCUCUCCGUGGAAAGUUUAUGGCCGACUUAUUUUGAGACUGUUUGAGGUACAUAAUAAAUUCCAAUAAAUUGGUUUCCAGCUUUCGUCAAAUAGUACUUUUUUUAAGUAAAAAAAAAAUAAAAGUGGUGCACACGAAUUAGACGGAAAAGAAAUCUCAUUAAGUCUUGAUCCUCGUCCAAGUCUGGAUUAACUGUGAGGGAUUAAUUUAUUUAACCAGUUGAGUGAAAACGACGGGGAGAUUAUCGUGAUAGAUUUGAACCAAGCACGAACAGGGGAAGAAGAAAAAGCAGCAGUGAAAGAUAAAAGUAAACGAUCAACAACAAAGUUAAGGAGACGAUCGAGUAUUAAUCGGCGAUAUAAAAAUAUUGGGAAAUUUGUGAUCUGACCAAGUCGAGCAUCAUCAUGGAAUCGAUCAGUAUCGAAAUUCGGGAGAAUGAGAGAUGUCCUGCUGGCCUAGAAAUACUUUUGAACCAGUCAAAGUUCACGGUCAGACUUAAUCCGAAGGGUGGCGUGGGCGACUUUGAGAUUAUCAACGCAAAAGGAGAAGUCGUCAUUAUCGGGCAGAAACACUUGGCAAUGAUAUCACUCCUGGAAAAUACGUCCAGAAGCGAAGUUCUCACGCUUGACUUGUCAAAUAUUGCUGAGAUGAAGAUAGCCUGCCCCCCAACGGAUGACAUUGCCGUGAUAACCAACACAAAUAUGGGACUGUUUUCUCCAAACACGUUGGAAAUCACGGGUGGAAAUGGUCAGAAACAAUACAACUUUAAAUUCCAGAGGUGCAAAGGUAGUCCCCCGACUCGAAAAGGCAGUACAUCAACAACUCCGGCUCCUGGAGAAGGAAAUGGCAAGUACACUUUCCAAGUGGUGAAUGAUGGUUCCGUUACGGUUACAGAGUUAUCAAUGUCUCGCUUAUCAUCAAAGGUUGCCAUCAAUCUUCCAGGACAAAUUUCUCUUACCCCGGUACAAGCGGCUGUGAUUUUCGGAGGGUUGGCAUUCCAGAUUUACUCCAUCAAGAAACAAAAGAGUUUGAUAGCCUUGCUGUCCACGGGAUCAUUUCUAGUGCUUAUCAUUCUCAUCAUCAUUCUCUACGUUAUGCUCGCCCCGUAAAGAAAAGGGAAAAAACUCAUAAAACAAAAUCAAGAAUUACAGAUAAAUCUAUACAUUUCAAAAUUCGUGCAGAUCUAUUUAUAUUAUCAUAAUCACUACUGAUUCGGACUCAAAACUCUUACUAAAAAAUUGGCAUAUACUUACAAAUUGUCACUCAUUCUUCUACUCUAUAUAAAAAAAUCAUUACAACUUUUAUACUGUCGCAUCUCUAAUUAUAUUUAAUUACAAGUGAACAUGAGCAUAUUUAAUCUAUUUAUAAUCGCAACUUUUUAUCAGUUUCGACUUUCUCUGUAUUGAUUUCUGAUAAUCAUUGUGGUAAUCAUACAUGAAUAAAUAUUAGAUAAUUUACAUUAUGUGCUAUAUAUACACACAUACAUACGUCUGUGAGUACUCGGUGUUACUAGAUAUAUGUAAAAUAUGAGACUUUGUGCUGUUAAUGGGACUAUGCUAUAUCAUAUUGUGUACAUAAAAAUGUCUUAAUAACAUAAAAAUUUAUUUAAUAUAUGUCUUUGAAUAUGUAUUAUGUAUGCUUUCAUGUUUCAUGCUACUCUCAUAUUUAUGCAAAAAUCAAUGCAAAUGCAGACUCAAAUUAAAGAAUAUUUAUUUGUUUUGUGAUGAAAAA